AUGGACCGUCAGCGCUGUCUUUCCCCUUCAGCAAGCGCCAUCUCGCAUAAGACGAUGCCGCCACAGCACCCGGACGGGCAGCAGCCCUCAUCAUCUUCGUGGCUGCCGCCACUACCACCACCACCACCAAGACAGCCGACGACGCAGCGGCUGUGCGGGCUUGCCGCUGGUGUGCUUGUCUUCCAUGUCCUCACCUCCGCCCUGCAAGAGAAGAUCUUUCAUCUGCCCGGCUUCACGAACUUGCUACUCCUCUCGUGCGGGGAAACAUUCUGCACGACAGUGCUCGUGGGGCUCCUCCUCGUGUGGGGCUGGUACCACCAGCCGCCUGGGCGAGCCGCGUCGGAGCACCAGGGCCCGCAUGGCCGGUCGGUGGCGACGGCAGUGGGGGCGGGAACGGCGGUGACGACACCGCAUGAGCCACUCUCGAAUCCGGUUCGUGGGAUAUGUGGCAGCAGCAACAAGCAGGAGUGGGGCCUUGGCCAUGCAGUGGAUCAUUCACCAGGUGCCGUCUGCGAUGCUGAGCACCGACCUCAGGGGCAGCAGCGCUCACGCCCGCGCGGCGACGGCCGAGGUGCGCCCACAAGCGUGGUGGACGCCGCACCCGUCGCGGUAGCUGUGACGGCGGAUGCUGUAGACCGUGGCAAGGGGUCUGCGCUCACUCCGGGUGCGGCGCACCACUCCCCAUCUGUGAGCGGUGCCUCAUGGCGCUCGGUGAUCCGCCGCGUGUUCCAUCCGUCCACCGUUGCUACUCACUGGUACGUGCGCAUCGCUGUGCUCUUGGCGUGUAGCCUAUACCUCACGAACCGCACGUCCUUCUUCCUCAGCUACUCCCUGCAGGUAAUCUUCAAGUCGAGCAAGCUGCUCUGCAUGGUCGUGGUGCACCGCUGGUGGCUGCGCGACAGCCACAAGGCAGCUGCCCCAGGCUCGGAAAACGAGAGAGACUCUGACGACGACGCGGACAGCGCAUCCAGUGAGGGCGGCGGCUCUGAGCUGUUUGCGGACGACAAGGCCCCCGACACUGGCGAGCGUCACCUGCGUGAUGAGUCGCAACGACGUAUUCCCGGCUGCUCUUCUUCGCCGCCAUCGACUGAUUUUUCGACUGUCGCCGUCGAUGUGUCGCCCCCAGCGGGGCGGACGUUCACAUCUGCGCACGCGCCUGAGGAGAGCCAACGGCGCUCGUGGUGGUGGUGGCCACGCUUCUGCUGCCGUCGUGGCAUUGAUGACGUGUCGCGAUGGAGCGCCGCGAGGGGAUGGGCGUGCGCCUCCUCUCUCGCGCAGCGUUGCGCUUUCCUAUGGGCCAAGUCGCCCAUCGAUAAACGGGGCCACGUCCCGGCCGCCACAGGCGUGCGCCAGCCCAUGUCGCACAGCGGCGGCAGUGAUGGUGGCCUCUCUCCAUUCGAGAUAUUACGCGCCGCGGGCGCGUGGCUUGCGCGGCAGCUGCGAGGCCUCCUGCGAGACACGGAGAUCAUGGCGUGCGUCAUCAUCGUCGCUGGGCUGAUCGCCUUCACCUACGCCUUUCAAGUAGAUUUGGAAGCCGGCGCAGAUACCAGCGGCUCCAGGGAACGCCUAGCCGCGCUGGCGAAGGCGGCGUCGGCGGAGGUGGCGGCAGAGCGGCCGGCUCUCGCUGAGGGGCCGCGAUGGCAGGCGUCCGCCUCUCUCAGAGGCGGAUAUAGUGUCACUGUCGAUGCGGCUGCGGCUGCCAACGUCAGGGACAGCCGGGGCAUCGUCACUGGGCUGACUCAGGCGGGCGUGUCACUGCCGCUGUCGUCUUCCUUCGCUUCUUCGCCCCCUUCCCUGCUGCAGUCGGUCACCGCAGAGGUUCCCCGGCUUUCGGGUCUUUGGAUAGUGACACUGAUCGGCGUGGCAGGUGUUCUGACGUCGAACGCCCUCGACUGCAUCAUUUACGUGCUGGAGGAGGCUCACUGCUUUAACGCAACGGCAGGGCCGUCACGGAGGUCUAAUCGAGGAGCACACAGGCACGAGCGCGCAGCAGGGGAGACGGUGCGCCCGCUGGCGGACGUGCAACGUGGGGCGGUGCCGCUGCCGCACGACACACCCCAUCGACAACAUUCUUUCUCGCCUUUCCCGCCGACGUUAUCGUCUCGCCCACAAGCCUCGGUGUCGGCGUCAUCGACGCAGGACACGGUGCCCGCAGCUUCGGCGACAGAGCCGCCGGCACGGAUACCGGCUUCGCCGCAGGAGUUGCUCUUCAUGGUGAACGGCAUCGCCACGUUCCUCUACGCCGGUGGCCUCAGCGCCUCGUGGCUGUGCAACCGUUGUCUGUUGUUACUAUGGGACUUUAUGGGCUCCAAUGCGAUGUCCACCGUGGUCGAGGGGGAAGGCGGCGUUGUCAGCGCUCUGACCGCUGCGGAGGCUCGCCAGCUGGCAGCAUGCGAGCGUCUCUUGGCCGCAUCACGGCGCACUGGUAAUGCCACUCUGCCCGUAGAGUGCGCCGCAUCGAUGGCUCGCCGACCGCAGUGGCAGCGGCUCGCAUUGCUUUCCCCGGGGCCGCCAUGGGAGGCACCGUCCGCACCACCGCCGCCGUCGCCGUCGACGGAACCGUUUUCCCUCUCCCUAUUUCUCCUCAUCGCGUUGACGUCCGUGACGAGUUUGAUGGGCACGCUGUGCCUGCUGCGCAUUGUUGCCGAGUUCACCGGGGUGAUGGCCGUCAUCGUGACAAGCGUGCGCAAGGCGCUGACGAUUUUGCUGAGCUUUGCCCUGUAUGGUCGCCGCUUCACCCUGCUACACGGGGUCGGCAUGGUGGGGGUGAUGGGUGGUGUUGUCUGGUACGAGGUGCAGCGGCGUCGACGAUGCGGCGUGUAA